AUAAACUGAAGCAAACGGCCAAACAUAAAGGCAAGGACGUCUCACCAAUACAAUCCAUCUCCUUCCUUUGCCCUUUCCUCUCUCUCUCUCUCUCUCUCUCUCUCACGUGCCCUACAAAUUUUUGCCUUGCAAAUUGCAAUUAUAAAUUCAAUGCAAAACCAUUCUAAAAAAUCUUCUAUCUGAUGGCUGACGCUACUAGCGCGUAUUUGGCAAGUGUCCUCUAUGCUUGUACCUAUCACUGGUACCAGCUUAUUUUCUUCGUUCCUUCUCUCUGUUAAAAAGCUUCCUUUUCUCUGAUUAUUAUUAUAUUGGACAAAAAAUAUUGUAGUAAUUGUUGAAGGAAGAAUGAAGAGGUGAAAGCUAAGUGGGUCCGACGCGUAAUCCUGGAUUUUGGGGUGUGUGGAGGAGGGGGUUACAGAGGAGCAUUGUGCUUAGUGGAACCUGAUAAGCUCAAAAUUGGAGGAUAAUUAAGUGUUUGCAUUCUUGGGAAUCAGAUUGUGAUGAGAGAGUGGAUUUUGGUGCUUGGAUCCAUUGCUUCUGGUAAGAAAAAAAGUUGGUUUCCUGCUCUUUUAUUUAGUACUACUGUAUAUUAUUAAAGUUUUGUUCCUUUCCUCUGUAAGUGCUUUUAUAUUUAUUUGUAUUUAUGGGGAUAUUAUUUUUUUUCCUGGUUUGCGGGUCUGUCCUUGUAAAGUGGUACAAGAGAAGAAAAUUUGAUAUUUUUUCUUCUGUUCUAAUGAUUUCCUUUCGACAAUUUUAAGGUUCUUCUUUUAUAUUAAGGAUAGCUGGAGUUUUCGAGCUCGGGAGAUCCCAGAGAAGGAGUGAGGGAGUUUGAGUGAGUAUAGUUGAAUUGAAGUGAGGUGCUUGGACUGAUUGAAGCUGGAUUUAUAUUCUGCAAUUACAUCUUUCAAUGAGUUUGAGCAACUCCAUCAAUUUUCUUGAGCAUAUAUGUGAUUUGUUUUCUUUUUCUCUCUCUGGUUUUACUGUGUUAUGAUAUUGGAUGCUUGGAUGAGUUACAAUCUAUCUUUCGAUACCUUUCUGAAAAUGUAAUCUAUGAGUUCUUUCUCUUCCUGUUCAUUUUGCUUAAGAUUUGAUAUGAUUCCAAUAUGCAAUUUACUUAUUUCCGUAUGAGUAAAAUCACAAUUAGGAGAUUAACUUCUUCUUUCUUGAAUAACUUCGAUUCCGAUUUCUACUUGGUAAUUUUGGCAUUUUUUGUAUUGCCUUAAUUUCUUAUUUCAGAUAAUAAACAAAAUAAAGUAAAAUCAAGAGCCGAAAGUACUUUGUUGAUUAUUUGCUUCGUUUGAGCCCAAUAUGGAUGCUUGUGCUCUGCCUUUUUCAAUGUUAUCGCCAUCAUGUUUUUUGACAACUAGUGUUGAUCUCUCUCUCUCUCUCUCUCUCUCUCUCUCUCUCUCUCUCUCUCUUUAAUUGAUGCAACUCUAUGUGAUUCUGAUGUGAAAUACACAUGCCUCUUUUUGCAAUUAUUAAUGCUAACCAGUCAUUUUCCUUUUCAAAUUACUUUGAGAUACAAGUUGGAGAUUUAUCUAAUAUGGUUGCUUCGUAUUCAUAUUAUUUAGUUGGAGACAGAAGAUGGAAAGCAAAGUUGUCUGCCAUUAGUAUGCUUUAUAAUUAUUAGAAAGGGGUUUCAUGAUGGAAGAUACAUUUUCUGAUGCUCAGAAAGGUGGCCAUGCUGGAGAGGGUUCAUCAUCAAAUAACUCCAACAAGGAUGGACGAUUAUCAGGUGACAAUGAUUUGAAUUGUUCAGAAUCAAAAUCAAAAAGUUUAGUGAGAAGGAAAAAUUCACAACACACUCUGAUUUUGAAAGUAAAGCAAUCACAACGCAGCAGAAGUUACAUUAAGGAUUCUUUUCUUCGAAGCAUUUGUGUCUUGGAGAGUUGGAUCCCAAGGCAUGCGGUAACCAUAGACGAGAAAUAUCUUCAUCAUUGCCUAGAAUUAAUUCACAUUAGUGCUUCAAAAGCAGCUCCUCGCAAUAACUCCCUAAAUUUGGAAUGGGGAGAAAUGGACAUUUUGUCUGAUGGCUUGAGUCCAGCUAAAAUUAAGAGUGGAAAUACAUGUGAUUUCCCUAGGUUUCAUUUUGACUAUCCAUUGGCACCUGGGAAUGAGAGUGUGGUUAUUGGUCCAGCAGGACACUGUAUUGUUGGUUCUAUCAUGGGUAGUAAUAGUAUGGCAAAUAUACUUAACAGCCCGUUGUUUCACAAAUAUGGUGCAUAUGAUGGUGAUGCCAAUUUUGAGAAAAUGAGUUUCAGUGAUGUUGACGGAUCUACAUGUUACGAUUACAUGAACUCUCCAAGUGUGUCGAGUAAUUGUUCAUCAAACAACCUAUACAAGGAAGCAUCAGUUCCAGGAAACCAUAAAUAUAAAUCUGAGACUCUGCAUGAAAGGUUUGCUUUUGUGUCAAGUGCAAACUUUACAUGUUCUGAUCAGUCUUUUUCAUCUCUCUCUGCCACUGUUACUCAAGGCAUGCUUCAAUGCACAUGGAACGGUGAGAGCCCCCAUUUUUUUUUCUCCCUGGAUGAUCAAAAGAUGGUUUAUCUGGCCAACUUGUGGAAGGUUGAAUCAGCAGAAGAUAAAGCUUUGGACUAUACAUAUCUAUUCCAUUUAAGGAUGGGUGGCCAAAAGGAACAUGGGAUUUAUGAUAGUGACUCUCAUCUUGUAGGUAAGAUGAAGGUAUCGACUUCUUUUACCAUGUGCCCAAACAAAUCUAGAAUCAUGGAGAGAGAGUUUGUUUUAUUUGGUGCUAAUGAAAAUCUUUUGCGAAUGCAAACUUCAAGCCAUGACCUCAAAAAGAAUAAGGGAUUGUCAAAGAAGGUGGCAGAAGUGUUCCGGACCAGUCACUCAAUGAAGAAGAGAACUACCUCCAGAUUUAGUGGAUCAAGUGCCAUACCGGAGAGUUUUUCUUGGGAGCCCUUUCAAGAUACAGAUAAUAAUAUUGAUGCACUUUGUGGGGCCAAUUUUUUAGAGAAUCAUCUUCCACCAAAUCUUGAAUUAGCUGCCAUUGUUGUGAAGGACUAUGUUCCACCAAAUCUUCAAGAUAAGGUUGGAGGAUGGGGCUUGAAAUUUCUCAAGAAAUCAAGUCCAAAACAAACAGAUGAUCUCAGGGAAUCCUCACAACCUCCUGGUUGUUGUGUGCGAGAUACUGGUGACUGUUCAACAGGUAUGAAUGUUCUUAUUCCAGCUGGUCUUCACGGUGGUCCAAGGACCGGAAAUGGUGGUCCUUCCAGUCUCAUUGAAAGAUGGAGAUCAGGUGGAUGUUGUGACUGUGAUGGCUGGGACCUAGGGUGCCCAUUAACAGUACUUACGAACAGAUUGAGUAAAAAAGAGCUAUCUCCCCAAGCAGACAUGCAGGGAGAGUGCAAAUUAGUUGAUUUGAUCAUGCAGGGUUCAGAGAACAGUGCUCCCCCCUUGAGGAUGGUGAAUGUCCAUAAUGGCUUGUAUUUUGUUAAUUUUCAGUCAACACUUUCAGCGUUGCAGUCUUUCUCAAUUGCAGUGGCAUUUAUUCAUUCCCAAAGUCCUGCUUUCCGACCCCAAAAUGUACAGGAGUUCAAGUAGCAAGAUUCAGAUUGGUUUUAUGUAGUUAUUGUAACCCCCUUACUGUAUUACAGCACUUUGUAAGCCGAUAUUUAAGUAUUUAUACACAAAUUUAGAUUUUUUUUUCA